CUUGUUAUACCCAGAGACAAGUGCAGAUUCUUUAGUAUGGUUUAUGAGCGAUACUUAUAAAUUAAUCACGGUUAGUGUAUAUUUUUGUAAUGAAUAAACAGCUAAUAAGUAUUAAGACGUGAAAUUUAGGUAAAGAUUUACGUCACUUAAAAGAUGCAUCAAAACACAUUGCCAGUUCCCUCUAAUUCUGGCAAAGAUCGAAGAAUCAGCAACAUCUACAUUAAUCCUACAUAUGAUCCGACUAUCAGCAAUAUUCGGCGAGUAGAAAAUAUAAACCUAAAUGGACAGAAUCAAGAAGUGUCUAAUCGCUUAUCAUAUCAAGAGAUAAUUCGUAACAGCAUUCAGAUACCAGAAAAUCCUCCAAGGCGUAAAAAGCGCUGUCCAUGUAAGCUGUUUGAUGAAGAUCAUAAAGAGGAAAGGUUAUUCAUUGCUCACGUACUUCUUGUUACCCUGUUUGUGAUGACAUUUGGUGGUAUCGGUAUUUCCAUUUUGAUACAAACCAUCCCGUUGACCUUCUUUCCAGCGUGCUGGAAGCUGACAAUCGCUCUGGCAUUUCUCACAUUUUUAAUAGGUGUAUAUAUAUGCUGGGAAGACAACAUCUAUAGAUCACCACAACAACAUCAGGCGAGGAUUAUUAUUACAUAAAUUCAAACUUUUGCAGUAAAUUGGUCAUUCAAUUCAUCUCCAGUUCCUCCAAAGAAAAUGAACAUGGACAACAUAAAAAAACUUGCUAAAAGAAUCUGUAAAUGUUUUUAAUUUUAGUUAGUUUUAAGACAAAGUGUUGGCAGAAACAAACACUAAUGAACUCAACUACUACGAUUAUUUCCCAAAUAAGAAGCAAUAUUUAAAAAUAUUUUUAAAGUUUUAGUCUUUACUAAGUUAUUG